CGACCACUUGCGGCACCUUUGGAAUGCAGGCUCCGAGACCAGAGCGUAUGAACUGAAAAUCAUACGGAAAUCAUUCCAGCGCGCCAGGUCUACUACUACCAGGUCCUUAUAUACAUACCUGUUAAUUCACCCAGCUUGGGAACCUCGUUGUGUGAUCGGCCCUAGGAGGCUGCCCGCGGGCCGUGAGAGCUUCGGAACGGGAGGUGGGCCAUGAAUUGGGGAGACCCCUGGUUGCUCCACUCACGUCCUCAGCCGAAUGAGGGGCUGACGCGCUGAGGCCCUGCCGCGUUUUCGAGCUCGUCGACGCGUAAAGUGCCUGCUUUCUCCAUUUAAGGAUUCAAGGGUAAGCAGAAGCUGCAGAACAAGAGGAUCAAGAGCCGACUCGGAUGACAUAUCUUUCUGGCUUAUACUGCGAUGUCGAACUUCUUCGACCUAAAGGCCCGGAAGGCCGCAGCUGCAAAUGGGGCGGCAUCGAGCAGUGCCGAGAAACAGACCAACGAGAACACCAGAGUACAACCUUGGGUCGAAAAAUACCGGCCCAAGACGCUCAGCGAUGUGACGGCGCAAGACCACACCAUUACCGUCUUGCAACGGACACUGCAAGCCUCCAAUCUCCCACACAUGCUCUUCUACGGUCCGCCUGGCACCGGAAAGACAUCCACGAUUCUCGCCCUCGCCAAGGAACUCUACGGCCCCGAGCUGAUGAAGUCGCGGGUGCUAGAGCUCAACGCCUCAGAUGAGCGAGGCAUUUCGAUCGUGCGGGAGAAGGUGAAGGACUUCGCCCGCACGCAGCUUACCAACCCGCCCCCCGGGUACAAGUCGCGAUAUCCGUGCCCGCCGUUUAAGAUCAUCAUCCUCGACGAAGCCGACAGCAUGACGCAGGAUGCACAGAGCGCCCUGCGCCGCACCAUGGAGACGUACAGCAAGAUCACGCGCUUUUGCCUCAUCUGCAACUAUAUCACUCGCAUCAUCGACCCGCUGGCCAGCCGCUGCAGCAAGUUCCGGUUCAAGAGCCUCGACCAGGGGAAUGCGCGGCGUAGACUAGAGGAGAUUGCCAAGUUCGAAGGCGUGGGGCUUGAGGAUAGCGCUGUGGAUGCGCUGAUCAAGUGCAGCGAUGGCGAUCUGCGUAAAGCCAUUACCUUCUUGCAAAGCGCUGCGAGGUUGGUGGGCGUUAGCACCGCGCUCGUGGAGGGCGACGACAGUGACAAGAUGGAUGUGGACAAGAGGUUGGUGACGGCGAAGGUGGUCGAGGAAAUCGCCGGCGUUAUUCCGGAUGAUACGAUUCAGAAGCUGGUGCAGGCGAUGAGGCCCCGUGCCGCUGGGGAGACAUACCAGGCUAUCGCGAAGCUGGUGGAGGAGAUGGUGGCGGACGGAUGGAGCGCAGGUCAGACCAUGGCACAGCUCCACCAAGCCAUUGUCUAUGACGAGGCGAUUCCUGAUGUCCAAAAGAACAAGAUCGUUAUGAUCUUUUCGGAAAUAGACAAGAGGUUGGUGGACGGCGCGGAUGAGCACCUCUCAAUACUGGAUCUAGCGCUACGUAUUUCCGCAGUUAUGGCUGGGAGAUAGCUCGAUUUCGACAAAGGGGGACAAAAGGGGCCUUUGGCACCGACGGGUUAG